AGGCAGCAGACACGGGAAGUUGUCCCUGAGGAAUUUCUAACUGUAAUGGAAAAUAUUGAGGUUCACGACUGCAGUGUACAAUAACCACAACUCGGCUUAAUUAGAAUAUAGGCGUAGUUUCUUUUAAGGUAUUCGGCUGACCUUUAAGACCGACACGAAGGUACCGGUACCGUGAAAUCAAUGACUUCUGCGGACAACCGACGUGACGUUAGAGCAGGACACAGAAAUGGAGGGGGAACGGUGAAAGGAUUAAUCCGGAAAGUCUAUUCUCCUCACCCGUCCCUAAAUGAUUCACUGGAGGGAGAUAUUCAGGCCUUCCUCAUUGAUGAAGACCAACUCCACACUUAUGACGACCUCACCAAAGUCAACCCAGUGACCCCGACAACAGUGCUGAAAUGCCUGCAGGCCAGGUACAGUGUGAAUGUGUUUUACACCCAUGCUGGCUGCACCUUGGUGGCUCUAAACCCCUUCCAGCCAAUCCCAGACCUCUACUCUCUGGAUGUAAUGAAGGAGUAUCACUGUGCUUCUCAGCCCCAGCAGGAGUUCAAACCACAUAUCUUUAUUGUGGCGGAAGAAGCCUACAGGAAUGUUCAGGGCCAGCUGGAGCCAGUGAACCAAUCCUUGGUGGUCAGCGGUGAGAGCGGUGCAGGAAAGACAUGGACGUCUCGUUGCCUGAUGAAAUACUACGCUACUGUGGCGGCCGCCUCCUCAGUGCUGAAGAGUCAGGACACAGUGGAGCGGAUAGAGAGGAGGGUGCUGGAUUCCAACCCCAUCAUGGAGGCUUUUGGCAAUGCCUGUACGCUACGGAACAACAACAGCAGUCGCUUUGGAAAGUACAUCCAGCUCCAGCUAGACAGGUAUCAGCUGUUAGUGGGGGCGUCUGUGCAGACGUACCUGCUAGAGAAGACCAGAGUGGCUUGCCAACCAGCUAAUGAGAGGAACUUCCACAUCUUUUACCAGAUGAUGAAAGGGGCCACAGAUGAGCAGAGAAGAGAGUGGAAGAUGCCACAUGGCCAACGUUUUGUGUGGCUACCAAAUUCUGAAAAAACAGUUGAAGAGGAUUCUUUUCAUGAGACUCUCGAUGCAAUGGUUUGUCUGGCCAUUAAUGCAGAAAGGCAGAGGCAAUUAUUCAGGAUAUUAGCAGGGAUUCUGCAGUUGGGAAAUGUGAAUUUCUCCUCUUCAAACGAUGACUCACAACCCUGUAACCUAGAUGAACAGUCGCAAGACUUCUUGCAGAGGGCUGCUGAGCUGCUGUGUGUCCCUGCAGAUGAGCUUCACAUGUGUUUAAAAGUGAGGAUGCUGAAGGCGGGGAAGCAGAGCGUGUUAAAGCCCUGUUCCCAGGCAGAGUGCAGCAUGAGGAGAGACUGCCUGGCCAAGGUCAUCUACGCCCAAUUAUUUGAAUGGCUGGUUACAUUCAUCAACAACAGCAUAUGUGCAGACAAAUCUAUAUGGUGCAACUUCAUAGGAGUUCUAGACGUGUACGGGUUUGAGCGUUUCCAGAUCAAUAACCUGGAGCAGCUGUGCAUCAACUAUGCCAAUGAGAAGCUGCAGCAGCACUUUGUGGCUCAUUAUCUCAGAGCUCAGCAGGAGGAAUAUGUGUCCGAGGGGUUGCGGUGGUCUUUUGUCAAAUAUCAAGAUAACCAGAGCUGUCUGGAUCUUCUAGAAGGAAGCCCCGUCAGUGUGUUUUCUCUUCUUAAUGAGGAGAGUCGUCUUAACCGAGCCUCAGACGCAAAGACACUGAGGGUUCGUUUGGAGAAGGAGCUCCAUGACAAUGCCAACAUCAGCUGGGACAAGUUCAGCAAGGAGCCACAUUUCACCGUGGCACAUUACGCUGGCAAGGUCAACUACCAGAUACAGGGGAUGGUGGAGAAAAACAAGGAUCCAGUGCCUCCAGAGGUCGUCAACCUGCUUCAGAAGUCUGACAACUCUCUGCUUCACCAGAUCUUCUCUGACAAGGAAACUGAGAGCCAAACUAGCAAGGGGCUCAGUAAAGUCACUGUGGUGUCCAAGUUCAAGAACUCCCUGGAGAGCCUGAUGAGGAUCCUCCACACCACAACUCCUCACUACACUCGCUGCAUCAAACCCAACCCGGACUGCAAGCCCCUGACCUUCAAAAAGGAGGAGGUCAUCAUGCAGUUGGAGGCCUGUGGGAUUGUGGAGACUAUUCAUAUUAGUGCUGCUGGCUUUCCAAUAAGAAUUCCUUUCAAAGGCUUCAUGCACCGGUAUGGUCUGAUUGCAAAAUAUUCUAAUUUCAAGUCGGGGAGACAUUGUGUUGAAGCUGACAGCGACAACCUUCUACGGCAAGAUGUGGAGAAGCUCCUCAACCUUGUGUUACAGCACGAGGCGUUUGACCCCUUGCACAACCGUGACAGUGAAAAACACAAUUCAUGGGUGCACUGCGGAAGGACUAAAGUGUUUCUCACUCAGUCGAUGCUAGAUUUGCUGGAGGAUCAGAGGAAGAAGAUCCUGUCUCAGUGUGCCUUCUCCAUUCAGUGCUGCUGGCUGCGGUACCAGCACCGCAGACGUCGCGCCCGCCAGCAGUCGGCUACUCUGAUCCAAGCAGCGGUGCGGUCUUGGCUUGUCAGGAUGCAGCUCCGGAGAUGGAACAGAGCAGCUGCUGUCAUCCAGAACACCUGGAGGAAGUGGAGGGCUCUAUUGAAAGCCUUGGCUGAGGCAGAACUGGAUGAUGCAAAGGACCUUUUGCAGGAGGACGUGCCAGCAUUGAACCCUGUGAUCAGGGAGCGCGGCUCGGUGCACCUCUCCACCAUCCAGGAGCCCGUCACAGUGCGAGGGUGGCCCAUGGGCCUGGCUCUGGCCUCAGCCCCGUCCAUCACUAUGUCUCUGACAGCCACAGGCUUCCAGAAGAUGGUAGCUGUGAUGGCCUCCCUCAACCUGCCCUCCAGAAAAGGGGACUAUAAGGUGGAGCCCAACCAGUACUCUCAGGAGCUCGCCUCCAUACGGGCUCAACCCAAGGGAUCCGUAAAGCUGCACUAUCAGCGAUCUCCACUUCUCUACGCUGACAGGCAGCCAGACAUGAAGAGUGACGUGACGGGGUUCAACGCGAUCCUGCUCGAGAAAACUUUGUAAGAGUGCCUCCCUUGCAGAACACUAACGGCUAAUUUCUUGCACAGAUUAAGGACAAUCUGGCACAGAGGGAACAAACCUGACAUUAUUUGCUAUCAUUUUGUUAAAAUGUGUUUUAAAGGGAUCAUUUACACCUCCAACUUUUUUUAAUAAUGCCAAAUGUGAUCUCGCUCUGUGUUGUACACGGGUGCAAAUACCUGCACCCUGGCAUAGUAAUAUUUUGACCAGGAAUUCAGGUAAAAUAAUGUAGUGUGCUGUGACCCUGACGUUCCUAUUAAAAAUCAUCUUUAGUCUCUACUUCAAAAUCUUAGACAGUAGACUGUCCAGAAACACUGACCUGCCAGAUCUGAGAUAGGACGUAUAGAAAACAAUGCAGGGGAGUGAGUUGAGUCUGUGUCCCUGUCUGGAGAACUGAAAUGAUAUGGCACAACUUCAGCAUCUUUAAAAACAGGACUGCAGGUUUUUGUCUCAUCUGAAGAGGCAACUCUUCAGAACAUCUCACUGUUGAUCAAAGUAUUGGGCCUUUGACGACUGCCUUUCUUCAAAUCUAUACUCAAAUCAAAAAUGGUCUGCGAGUAUGUGUAUUUAUUUAAGGGUGAUUAUUUAUGUUUGAUUUUAUAGAUUUAUUUUGGGUGAGGUGCAGAUAUGGUUGAACAUCCAGCAGUUAUAUUUUGAGCGUGAUUUAUGCUGGGUGUAAAAACAAAAGUAAUUAAGCAAGUAUUGCACAUGCAAAGCACAUAUUGCACAUUAAAACCACACACCUGCUCACGUACAGCUGCAGGCGUACAAAAAGCAAUAAACAAGCAGACGCAUCACUUAUGUGAAACAGGGAACGGAUGAACCCAGGUUUAUUCCAAUUGCUGCUUUUUGUUCAAUAAAGGAUCUAAUAUGCACAUUUUGUUUGUGUGGAUUUUAAUCCGCUGCACUACCAAAGUAUUUUUACACUACUGUUUCAUGUGGGAGAACAAGCAUGUUGUUACUAUAGCCAUCAAGUUGAACUAUAUUCACAAUAUUUAUAUUCAAAAUGUCUUUUUGUUUUAAGUAAUGUUAAAAUGUAUUCAUGUAGCUUAACACUGAUGUUUAUCAGCUUAGUUUUUUAUCCAACACAUACCAUACAGACAGAUCUGUUGAUAUUUUGCAUAUCAACUGAGCUUGGCUCCCUGAAUAAUUUCUUUAACUUUUUUUCCAGCUGUAGAUUUACUGAAAUGUAUCAUUGACUGUUUUUGUAUUUAAAAUCUGUACUGCGUUGCCUGUAGUAGCAAGGGAUCAAUGUACAACUUGAAAUAAAAAAUGUGAUUUAUGCA